CAUGAACGUUGUCCAUUUCUCAUCUGUUUUUGUGCUGUGCUUCUGCAUUGUUUGCCUCAACUGGUUCACAUGUUGUUUGCCUCAACUGGUUCACAUCCAAUUUUCAGAAUGAAUGGUGACUUGGAAGUUCUUGAGAGGGAUAUAGCAUGUGGGUUGGAAGUAAUCGCAAAAGGGCUGCAUGAGCGUUACCAAGAGUUUCAACAAGUUCUUCCGAUGGCCGAAGAGGACAUAGUCAUGAAAAUGCAAGAUCUUGGAAAUAAAGUGGAAGAAAAGUUGAAGCAAGCCGACAGCUUUAUCCGUGAAAGCAGUGGGAUGGAUAGCUCUGGUGAAAAGUCCCGCUUAACCAUCAGCACACAGGACCGAAUACUUAGAAAAAAACUUUCUGAGUUAUCUGAGUGCCGUGAGCUUCUUGACAAAAUUCAAGAAAUCGAAGGACUACUAGUCGCGUCGCGUUCCGAUGCAAUCGAUGUGGUGACAGAGGCGAAAAAUCUACUAGAAUGUGAAGCUCAACUCAAUGACAUUACUAAGCAUGAUGGUUGGCCUGUAAUUACUGAUCGCGUUCGUGAUAUUUUACGCGAAGAAGUCAACUAUAUGAUGAGUUCGCUCAAAUAUAAGUUGGCUCAUGGAUUCGAUGAAUUUGUUUCGUACCCAUCUACUGAGGUGAAGGGAACCGUUCACAUGCAUGUUCGUAAGGAGAGCGCUACUGAUAUUGGCCAGCUGCUUACCGCGUUGAGCCUUCUUGGUGAACUCGAUGGACGUUUGAAAAAAUGGGCAUCAUACAUAGUCAAGAAUUUUGUACAACCUAUUGUGGAUAGUGUGGAUGGGACGGAUCCAUUUGAAAGAUACGCGGUUACGAAUAGAACCGCAGAAUUUACGGCGAGCAGCAAAAUCAAGCCUACCAUAAAAGAGGUCUCCAUUGAGGGUGUAGUCAGUGCACUGCUACGUCUGUUCACGAAUCUAGCUUCUGCAAUAGAAGGUAUCCAGGUCAAUGGUAGGCCGCUCCCACUAUGUCUCGGUCACUUUUUCCAGGAUGACCUCAUGGCCAUGUUUCUGAAGCAGUCCGUGGCCGCCUCCGUUCCAGUUCCUGAUCCGGAUGGGACGAAGCUCAAGGAUGCUAUGGCAGUCGCUGAAAAAUUCCGAAAUGACAUGAUAGCUCUCGGUUUCUUCAAUGACGCGACUCCUACGUUCAAAAACUUUUCUGAGCAACAUUUUACAGUGUUUAUCGAUCGCAGAUGCCUUGAAAUCAUACGAAGGGCCAAAGAAUUAAUUUGCAUGAAAUAUCUGGAACUGGCCGAGGUUGGAAGUGGCGAAGAAGUCAACGAAGAGACGAUACUCCAGUACAAAGAGGCUUUUGGAAAAGCGCUUCCGAAAUCAUCGUCAUCUUCCGAUAGUGUGUAUCCGGUGUUGCUCCAGCUUCCACGAUGCAAAGUCAGCCAAUCUACAGUUGAUCUUAUGGAGUUGGUUUUUGUCACCUUACAGGAUGCAGUAAACACGGACAAUGAAAAACUCUCUGGUCGCCUGGCAUUAACAGCUCGAAAUGUUCUGCAGUUAUUUGAGCUCACUGCUCCAAGACACCACGGAACUGCGAUCUCGUCAAUGCCGCAGAUGGCUGCUAUAUUCUAUAACAACUGCUAUUACAUCUGCCACAGACUCAUGAUGAUGCCAUUUGGCAUACUGAAGAAUGUGGACAAAAGCUCUCCAAAGUUCGCGAGUUUCCGUCCUAUACUCUCGGAUUCUUUGUGGAAACUGAGGGAAAUAGCUGCAGAUAUGAUGGAGCAGAUGAUGCGCCAGUGCAGGCGUGAUAUCAGCGUUUUGAUGAACAAAGACGACUUAUUCAUAAAACUUGAUGAUCUCGAACGGUGCGAUGAAACAAAAGACGUACUGAACGCUACGCUUAUGCAUGUACAGAAUGUGUCCCAUCUUCUUAAAGAGGUGCUUGCUGAGAUGGUCUACUCGCAGACAAUGGCUAACAUCGUCUCAUUUUUGCUGGAUAGCAUUUGUGAUGUGAUAUUGAGGCGAGAAGAUAUCCGGUCCGUGGAUGCGGAAAUUUCAGCCGAAAUGAUCGAAACGUUGUUGAAACAGCUUAGUUCUAUUUUUGAGGUCAAUGGCCGUUCCUCUAUCCAUGAAGUUUGUUCCACAUCUUUCUUCCGGACCAAGGAAAUAAUAUUCUGCUUGAAAGGAAGCUUGCAGAGUAUCGAUGAUCGCUGGUGCAGCGCCAAAGGACCCUUGGCCCAAUGGCUUCAGGCCAGUGAAGUCCGAGGGCUCAUCAAAGCUCUUUUCAUGAAUACAGAACAGAGAAAGCAGUUGUUAGACUCGAUCUUUUGA